UCCGGAGCUGCCCGGGCAGCCAAGUGAACGCAAGCCAGUGGGGGCCGAUUCCGGAAGGGUCCGCCGGAGCCACUCCCCACCUGCAUCUUGUCCCAGAAAGAGGCGCUUCGUCGGAGGACAGACCACACACGCCUGCCUCCUUCCCAGGGACCCUCGCCUGGAGCCACCCCGCCCUCCUGCUCCCUCCUUGGUCCGCUCCUGGCAGCCUCUCCCGCCGUCAUCCCAUGGAGAAAGCCCACGGAAUAUUUGGCGAUGAUUUUGGGGGCUUCAGGAGGCCACACGGUGAAGUGCUGGGCUUCUCAGGCCGUGCUGGCGGCAUGGGAAACAUCAAGACCUUCGGGGACACAUACCAGUUUGUGGUGGACGUCAGCGACUUCUCCCCGGAGGACAUCAUUAUCACCACCUCGAAGAACCAGAUCGAAGUUCGCGCCGAAAAGCUGGCGGCCGAUGGGACCAUCAUGAACACCUUCACCCACAAGUGCCAGCUCCCGGAAGACGUGGACCCCACCUCAGUCACCUCGGCCCUGGGUGCCGAUGGCUCCCUGACAGUCAAAGCGAGGCGGCGCCCGGCCAAGCACCCGGAGCAUGUCCAACAGACCUUUCGGACUGAGAUCAAGAUCUGAGGCUUUGGCGCGAGGGGUGGGUGCUCGCCGGGGGCAGCAGGGUGUGCGGGGAGGGCGCCGGGGACCGGUUCUGGAGGUGAGGAGGGUCUGGCCGACUGGCAGCCCGACCAGAGCUCUCCUUUGGACUUCGCGGCUUUUCGUGGGAUUGGCAUAAAUUAUUGGUGACACUUGCUAGCUCGGCCCCCUCCGCUUGCUCCUUCGCUGCAGCUGCCGCUUGCCACCCUGCGAAAUCCCAGCCUUGCCCUGGAGGGCCGGGGCCUGGUCUGGUGUGCCCCUCGCGGGUGCUGGGACAGGGCAGGGGGCCGGCGCCUUCUCGCCCCACACCCCAAGCCUGCCACGCUCCAGCUCUCCUCAUGCUGCACACAUGACUCCCCUUCCCAAGGGUUUUCUGACAACAGGAACGUUUUCGGAGGGGGGAGUGGAUGGAUUCUGAGACACACAGCAGGACCGUCAUUCAGCCCAGCUGCCCAAGGGGAACCCUCUCUGGGUGGGAGAGACUCCAGCUUUGGGCCACGCUCCACGUCUGCUUUGCUCGGGGGGAGUUGAACAAGGACGCCGAGCCGAAUCCAGCAGUGCCCUGUGGGUGGGAUUCAGGAUUGGGGGGCAGCAGGUCGGAAGCGGGCGAGGGCCCUCCUGGGAGGACUCCCACCUGGAGCAAGGCUGGGAUUUCGCAGGGGCUCGGUGGGGGGGCAAGCCUUGGGGAGGUGCGGCGUGUUCGCCGAGCAGCCCGAGGCUGCACCUAUUCCAGCCGGAAGGUCCCAAGGGACAUGGCGCAACUGGCAUCCAGCGGAGCCUGUGCAGGGUUCCUGUGGAGGCUCGCCGUGGGUGCCCCUCCAGCCCUCGCUGGACUACCACACCCAUCACCCCACCCUGCAGGCUGUUCCGACAGGGCUAAUGGGAGUUGCAGUCCAACAGCCACCGGUUGCUGAACCCCGAUUUCUGCAGAUCCUCUGCCAGCACUGCUGAUGCUCCAGUUUCACACCUCGCUGGCUUUGCGUGUCUCUCUUCGAAGGGGAACUUGAGGAGGAAGCAUUGAGCCUUGGGAUAUUAGCUAGGACUGCUUCUCGGAGGGAACUCUGCCAUGACGCGGAGAGGGUCCGGCGGAGGGCGCCUGUGUCCUUGGGGCUCUUCCCGACAGUCCGCUGCUCUCCGGUCUUUGUGGGCCCCGGGCCAAGACUCACUCGGGACACAGCAGAGACAGGGAAGGAAGAACUGACUCACCCUCUGGAAAUAGGCGCUGACAAUGGACAGAGACCACCAGCUGGGCUGACGGGCCGGUGCUCCUGGUGGGCGGGGGCUGCAGAAUGUUGGCUCUACAAGAGCAGAGCUUGGAGGGGGCCAAGGAGGCCCUCGGGUCCAGCCCCUGCUGCUGCAGGGCACCAAGCCAGCCCUUCCCACACGGGGGGCUGUGUGGGAGAGCCCCCCCCAGGCAGCCAGUGCCACUCGCAUUGCUCUGACUGUGAGGAAGCUUCUCCCGAUGUCCAGCCCGAAUCUGGGCUGCCGCAACCUGAGUCGAGUAUUCCGUGUCCUGCACUCUGCCGUGGCCGCUCAGGAGCCCCAGGAGAGGGGCAGAUUGCCAGGCACAUGGGCCCAGUCUCCCUGGGUGGUUCUGCCCCAAACCUCCCAGCCCCAGUUGCCAAACUUCACCGACCAAACUGGAGCACACACACGGUGCAGCAAUGCACACAAGCUCAGCAAAAUCCAGCUGGCACAAGCGAGCUCCGGCUGGCCGGACGGGAUGCGUGCGCCGCACUCUGCCUGGGUAUGAAAAGAGGAGCCCAAAGGGACCAGAGGCCGGCCGGCCCAUCCCGGGUGGAGGCAGGACUCCAGCCCGUCCGCAAACGGGCAGGCCUGCUUGGGAGCCCACGCUCUGAGUGCAGCCUCCGCUGCUUUCAUGCAGAGGCAGGUGAGUGAGCUGCAGGACGCAGGCCAUGUUGGAGAUCACAUGCCAGGAGCUCCGACACGGGAAGUCAUCUCUGCAGCUAGAAGGCCAGGAAGUCGGGGGGGAGGCCAGGCUAGAGCCCUCUCAGGCUAGCUGUUCUGGCACGGGGCUCCUUUCAUUUGUCGGAUUCUGUCCGUGGGACUCGCAGGGAUGCGGGCCAGACGCAGGCUCAGCAGGGCAGCCGGCAUUCCUGCUCCCUGGCAUGGCAGCCGAGAGAGGGACAGGCCUGCAGGCAGCUUCUUUUGCCGGGCUGGCUUCCUACGGGAGUCUACAUUUGGGAGGUGCUAUGGGAGCAUACCCCGUUGCCCCCUCUGCGCAGAGGAGCUCCUGGCCUAUUUCUGUCCGCCCGAGUACGUGGUGGGGACCAGGGUGGCGAGGCUCUUGCACGAGAUGCUGGCCUGUCUCCAAAGCGGUGGCUGGUGGGGAAGGGCCAACUCUGGACCUUGUGUUGUCUGCAAAACAGGCCGGGCGGCACCUCCUGUUUGGCCCUGGGACAAGACUGUUGUGAGUUGCCACAAGCCCUCGCCCAGCAGACCGCGGGGGCUGCACUGUUCAGACGCCAGACGCCUGCAGAGGUCACCGUGUCCUCUCCCGCUUCGGCAUUCAGGGGCCGUCAGCUGCGCAUACUGGGUCAGGGAAGGAUAAGCCCAACUAGACAGGCACCAGAAAAGGAAUCUGAUGGGAAGCCGGCCCGCUGGCACGUUGUCCUGCAGGCAGCGCCUUCCUGGCCGGCUUUGCACUCCAGAGGGACUUUGGGAAGGUGCCCAUCCAGGCAGGCAGGAGCGAAGGAACUCAGCCAGCCAGUCCUCCUGGGGCCGGGGUGCCUGCCCCACCCUUGGGCAGUUUUAUCCAUUUCGAAAGGCCGGAGCAGCAAAGGCUGAGCAAGCGGGAGAGUAAAGCCAUGUGGGGGCUCGGGGUGCUGCUUUGCGUUCCUGCCCCCCCACUCCCCUCCCCCCAGGGCUGACGUGCUGACAUGAGAAUCUACCCUGUUGGAAGCUUGCAGGACUAGCCUGUGUGUGACUGUGCAAAUAUGAGAACAUCCUGCAUGGGGGAGCAGUGGGGUGCCCCCAAUGGACGCUCUGAAGAGGGCUGAAGUGCCCAGUAAAGCAAAUUAUGAAAUGCUGAGAAAAGGCAGAUUCCUCUACAGUUGCUUGGAUUGGAUGGACUGCUCGUCCUCGCAAGCUUUGCAUGCCAGAAUAAACACCUCCGUUUUCAAGGCA